AUGGAUCUAGACUUGCAAGGGGUUCCUCUAAUUCCCCUUAGGAAUAACGGGGUUCCAAUUUUGAGUCAAAGAGGGCGUGAAAGCGCCGGCCAUGCUUUUCAGAUGGCCUUGUACAAUGGUUUAAAGACUAAAAUUGGGAAGAGGCAAGGGGCUCCAGGUGGGAAGGGAUGGUGGGCAGUACCGACUCCGGUUAGGCAUCUUGCUGCUUUUGAUAGGUCAGAUUGUACAAAGUUGUCUUUUGGCCACAUACAUACUAGGGCCUAUCUGUUCUUUGCCCAGCUUCAUGCUGCAGCUAUUUGCUUUGGGUUGGAGUGGACCCAGUGCUUGAACAAGACUUGGGGAGCAUUCGCUUGUGCUGGUAGCUGCCCAUAUUGGCUGGACAGUGGAAAAACUGCUCCAGGGAUCCCCCCUGGACUUCCUCACCAUCAUUCUAUGGAUCAUGGUCCUAAGGAAUGUUUUGGAAAUGGACCUUUCCACAUCAACCCGGCAGUUAUUGGAUCAGGAGGUGAUCCUUUCAGGCAGAUGGACGAGAUUUUAAGUCAGAAGAUGUUCCUGGAGGUCUUCUCUGCGGACUUCUUUUGCUCAGACCGCAAGAGAGCUGUAUCUAGACGUUUUGUCGUGGGAUCAUCAGUUUGAAUUGGAAACUCCUC